GAAGAAGAAACCCAGACCAGUCUUAAAAGAAAGCACAAGGAAUCACCAAACCGCCGUCUGGCUCGCCGUGGCGGAGUGAAGCGUAUCUCUGGUCUGAUCUACGAGGAGACCCGCGGUGUGCUGAAGGUGUUUCUGGAGAACGUGAUCUGUGACGCCGUCACCUACACCGAGCACGCCAAGCGGAAGACCGUGACCGCCAUGGACGUGGUGUACGCUCUGAAGAGACAGGGCCGCACUCUGUACGGCUUCGGCGGUUAAACGCAUUCAUACUAACUGAAGUAACUAAACGGCUCUUUUAAGAGCCACACACCUCACUGUAAGA